UUUCUUGCAUGCAGUCUGCCAGCCCGUAGCCAUGGCAUUGCGGCUCCUGGUAGCUGCUGUUCUUGCCGCAGCCAAGACACAGGACGCGGCCGAGACCGGGGCGCGCGCCAUCCUCCUCGCCUCCGCAAAGCGGCGCGACGAGGAUGCUUUGGAGACGGCGACGGAGGCAGCUCUGAAGAUCGUUGAUUCGAAAUACGGCAAAUGUGGCGUGGCAGCGGUGCACCUAGAUACAGGCUUCGAGCUUCCUUCCACCAUGGCUGGUCAAUGUGGGGUGCUGCAGUACACAAAUUGCUCGCUGAGCUACGCCCAAAUUUCGUGUCCUGCUUCUUGCCCGCUGGUUGCGCCCAGCCGGAACUUCCCUUGCAUUUUCACCUGCGUCAAGCCGGAGGAUUGUGGAGAUUUCAGCCCUGGCCACGCGUUGCCCAACUUGGACAGCGGCAUUUGCGAGCCCUGCGGUUUGGUAGGCUGCCAGCUCUGCACAUCAACAACAAGCUGUGCACAGUGCUUCCCAGGCUUCGUUUUGCAAGAUGAGCGCUGCGCCUUCUAUUUGGAUUCCAAUGGGGUGAGCGCCAGUGUCUUGCAAGGGCUCAGCGUGCUGCUGGCUUUCCUAUUGCUGGUUGUCUUCAUUUGCUAUUGCUACGGGAAGAGGAGUCGCUUUGCGGAGAUCAACCUGCAGCAUAUGGUGGAAGCACGCAGGCAUAGACACUUGUGCAAAUUGCAUCGAUGGGAUGGAAGCAGCAAUAGGCAACCCCGAGCCUGGUUUGAUCUUAGCGUGAAUAUGCUCGAAGAAGACAUUUCAGGAGUCGGGGUGGCGUUGUACUACAAGCGUAUCAUGCACGUGCUGCUGUGUUCGCUGGUUUGCCUCUUGUGCCUCUACGUGCUCUACGCUCCAGAUGCCAUCAAGGAUGACUUGCCAACACGACAGGAAUCCGUUCUCAAUCUGGAGGAGCAUGUCUUUUCAACAUCCGACACGGCCCCUGCCGUGCUUUUCUCUCCGCUCUACCGGUGCGGGGGUUUCACUCCAGAGCUGCGGGCUGCAGCUCUGCAGAGCUUCGCCACACAGAACUUCCAGGCCACCUGUGUCAUGUUCGUGGUGCUUUUUGUCAUCUCGCUCCACCAGAGUUUGAGUUGCUUUCGCUUCUUCCAGUGGUUUGACGAGCAGAACGUGGACACUUCGGACUAUGCGCUGCUUCUGACUGGUCUUCCCAGCGACCUCACGGAUGAGGCCGAGCUGAAGCGACGCCUUGAGGCACACCUGACCCAGCGCCUGAAGGGCCUCGGGGCAAGACCCAUCCACGGCAUCAGCAUUUGCUACGACUUCUCGGAUUUCCGAUUGCAGACGGAGGUGGAGAUGAUGCUCUCCCACAUCAGCAAGAAGAAGGAGCUGGAGCUGGGUGCAGUGACUGGGCGCAGCUGCGUCUGGGAGCAGCGACGCGAAGAGGACCACUUGACAGAGGUGCUGGCGGAAGACCGGGAGAAGGCCCAGAGCCUCUUUGCGGAGGGGAAGCUCAAGUCCACCGGCAGAGCCUUUGUGGUUUUCCUGGAGGCCCAGGUGAGGGACAAGGUCCUCGAGCGGUACGGCUGCGACCGCACGCUGCUGGAUAUUCCUGGGAUGCCUCCUUUAGCUUUGGAGUCCGUGGACUUCGAUCCCGUGACCGUCUUCUGGGAAAAUCAGCACAACGACACCGGGACGGUGGUCAGGGCCGCUGCGAAGGGCGCGCUGAAGGUGGUGCUCUUCUUCUUUGCCGUGAACUGCUUCGUCAUCCUGCCCUACAAUGUCUUCGUAGUGGGCACCUUCAUGGCAUCUGGCCAGGAUGCUGGCGGCCCCUGUCAGGGCAUCGCUGGCAUGCUGCUGGGACUGGUCAAUCAGCAGAUCUCUUGCCAGGUCUACAACCAGGCGUGGUUCGCCGGCUUCAGGAGAAAGGAGAGGAGCGACACCUUCAUCUUUGUGCUGAACACUGUGGUGCAGUUCUUCAACACCUGGGUGAGCUUGGCGGUGGCGGUGUGGGCCUCGGUGGGCCGCGACGGCAGCGAAGUGAACCUCCUGCAGCCGCUGGCGCUGAGUGGGAACAUCGGACUGGAAGCGGACAUCGGCGACUCCAUUUACAAUAUGCACGUGCCAGGCGUGCUGUACAUCAACUACAUCAUGGGCUUUGUCAUGGGUGCAGCCGUGCCCUUUUUGCAGCACACCUUGGUCGCGAAGAUCAUCUAUGUGUGGCGGUCGCUGCCGGACUGUCUGCUCCACGUGCUGAAGCUCAUCCUGCCCUGGGCGCCGGAUGGCAUUGAUCUCUAUCCCCGCUUUAACGCGGAGAAGGCGCUGGAAGCCCCAGAGAUGGGCGUUGCCUGGGACUACACCGCCUUCAUCGUUCACAUGGCCACGGCUCUUUUGGUGACGGCGCUGAUCUCCGAGUCGGUGUGGAAACUCUUUGCCGCCCUGACCCUUUGGUGCGUGUUCUUCGCCCUGUGGUCGCGCUUCAUGCAUUUGCGGGUCCAAACAGCCUCCAACUUCAACGGGCACCUGGUAGACACGGCAGCGUGGCUGCUGUGGGCUUUGCCCAUGGGCUGCCUCGGGGGGUCUGCCUUCGUGUGGGCCGUGCGGUCCGACAUGCUGCCCUGGGUGCCAGCACUGCCGCUGGCAUUGCAGAUCCUGGUGCUGCUGCUGGCAGUGACUCUUGCCGGCUCUCUAUGGGUCGUGGCGUACCUCUCGGUGGUCCGACCCUUCCGCGGCAGCGACGCCUCCGCAUCUCAGAACGAGACCGUGGAGGAUGUGAUGCGCCAGGUGCCCUACUCCUGGUACAACUGCAACCCGGCCUUCGUGCUGAAGUGUGCGUACUUCAAGGACAUUGACCCAGACUCUCGACGGCUCUUGUGUCGGGAUGGUGCCGAAGCCGAGGCUCUCUUGUACCGGCGUGGCAAGGAGUACCUUUUCCUAUCGCAAGAGAAGCAGAAGAAAGUCAUGGAGAAGCUGAACAAUGCGCUGGAGGUGGAGACCUACCUGGAAAUAUUCUUCGAGUUCUGUCACAAUGUGGCGACAUGUUGGGGCAUGAAGAGCCGCAGCGCAAGCUCGCUGGUCCUGGGGCAGAAGACCCAUGCCUGGGAGCCACUCCCGGACUCAUUGUAGGCCUCCCCGCUAAAGCUGCGGAGAGGCCUUGGAGAGUUUCAAGGCCCAAAGUGGCCCAAGCGAAACAA